AUGCGCAAGAAGAGCAAGCUGCAUUACCACAUUGCAGUCAUCAUAAACUACCUGGGACACUGUAUCUCUCUGGGAGCCCUGCUGAUCGCCUUCAUCCUCUUCAUGAGGCUCAGGAGUAUCCGGUGUCUGAGAAAUAUCAUCCACUGGAACCUGAUUACAGCAUUUAUCCUACGAAAUGCCACCUGGUUCGUGGUGCAGCUCACCAUGAACCCAGAGGUGCAUGAGAGCAAUGUGAUAUGGUGCAGGCUGGUCACAGCAGCAUAUAAUUAUUUCCAUGUGACCAACUUCUUCUGGAUGUUUGGAGAGGGCUGCUAUCUGCACACAGCCAUAGUACUGACAUACUCCACCGACAAACUGAGGAAAUGGAUGUUUAUCUGUAUAGGCUGGUGUAUUCCAUUCCCCAUUAUCGUUGCAUGGGCCAUUGGCAAGCUGUACUAUGACAAUGAAAAGUGCUGGUUUGGGAAGCGGGCCGGCAUUUACACUGAUUAUAUUUAUCAGGGUCCCAUGAUCCUGGUCCUACUGAUUAACUUCAUUUUUCUCUUCAACAUUGUGAGGAUACUGAUGACUAAACUGAGGGCCUCCACCACCUCAGAGACCAUUCAGUACAGGAAAGCAGUAAAGGCCACACUGGUUCUUCUGCCACUGCUGGGCAUCACAUACAUGCUGUUCUUCGUCAACCCUGGCGAGGAUGAGAUCUCACAGAUUGUCUUCAUCUACUUCAACUCUUUCCUAGAGUCCUUUCAGGGCUUUUUUGUGUCAGUGUUCUACUGCUUUUUGAACAGUGAGGUACGUUCAGCUGUCCGUAAGCGGUGGCAUCGCUGGCAGGAUAAGCACUCCAUUCGGGCACGGGUGGCACGGGCCAUGUCUAUUCCCACCUCUCCAACACGGGUCAGUUUCCACAGCAUCAAGCAGUCGUCGGCCAUCUGACCAUAACCGAAGCGAAGCAUCCGUCCCCGUUUCUUCUGCUCCUGCUCUUUCUGUCCUCAGCUAACUAUCCACGUCCUCUGCAAAACCCAGGGAUAACAGCUAUGGGCCAAACAGGGUAUGAUCCUCAGCUGAAACACAGAUGAAGGGUGGCAAUGUACACAGAUUAUGAGGUCCACCUGCCAAACACAGAGGAAAAAACUGUUUCAGAAACAGAUUAGAGCAUUGGUGGUCUCAGACAGCGAUGGGUGACCGUGGGAGGACCCUGACACACACACAAAAAGUUGAUAAAUACUGGCAGAGCGUAUUUUUUCAAGAGACAAUAGAGUUAAAUGUUGCAUCCUCUCCUCCUGAUUUUGAGUCUUCUCUGAUUGGAGAGCUCAGUUUAUUCCUAACUUGUUUCCAGAACUAUCGGAGUUGGAUAAAAUGGAAUGUACACUACAUGGCCAAAAGUAUUGCGACUGUGAGCCAUACAUGCAUCUGAAUGGGACCAAAUCCAUAUUCCUACGUCAAUUGGAAACCUUCCCUGAAGAGUGGAAGC